GGGAGGGGAGCGGCGGUGGCGCAAGCGGCGCGGAGCUAGCGCCGCCUGCCCGGGUCUCCUGCUGCGUGGCUGCCUGCGUGCUCCCGACCCGGCCGUCCGAGCCAGCCCGCGGGCCGCGCGCGCUUCCGAGCGGCCGGAGGAGUCCAUGGUGCAGAACUUAGCGGCGGACUGACGGAGACCGGGCCUCCUGCGCCGGCGCGGCCGCGGGACCUCGGCCUGAGGAAAUUCCUUCACAAGGAGAGAUGAAGAAGAAAUCUGUAUAUAAUCAGAAUGUGGGUGAUCAGGAGUAUGAAGACAUGGAAGGUGAAGAAAACAGAAACAAUGCUGACGCCUCUGGCUCACUGUGCAGUGAAGCAGACAGAUGUCCAGUAUGUCUCAGUUGCCUGUUAGGGAAGGAAGUUGGCUCUCCAGAAAGUUGUGGUCAUGUCUUCUGUAUGGCCUGUAUUCUUAAAUGGGCAGAGAUAUUGGCUUCUUGUCCAAUCGAUCGGAAACCUUUUCAGGCCGUGUUUGAACUCAGUGCUUUUGAAGGUUGUGCUAAGAUUCAAGUGAAAAGAUGGUUGAGAGAAACGGAGGAAAAGGAAAAUCAAAGGUCUUUUAAGAAUCAACUCUUUUAUCAUGAGAGCUCCAAAGGCAACAAGAGAAAAAGAAACACCAUAAGAGAAGAUGUAUUAUGUGAAAGAUCUGAUGGCUUGAAGGUGUUGUAUAGAAACAUUUCAAACAAAAUGGGUGGAAAGAAAAAUGCUACAGUAAAGACAAAUAAGGUUCAAAGAUCAAAUCAGUGUACAGAUUCUUGUAUUAGAAAUGACAUGUCCAGUGUGUUUUUAUGUGGCAGCCACAGCUGGGGACCUCGCACCUAUAGAGCUUCCUGUACAGAAUCUAUAGAAAUGAAUGAAAUCAGUGCAUUGAUUAGACAAAAACGACAGGAACUGGAGUUGUCAUGGUUUCCUAAUACAUUACCUGGAAAUGGAAGGGUUGGCUCCGUACCCUGGAGUGUAGAGACAGGCCUCCUCUCUCUGGCUUCCACAGACUUGCCAAGGACGGUUUUCCCAGCAAGUACCACGUCACUAGAGCAUUUUGGUACUUCUCAUAAGGGAUAUGCAUUAGCACAUACCCAAGGAGGAGGAGAAAAAAAGCAAACUUCAGGCACAUCAAACACCAGAGGAUCAAGACGAAAACCUGCAGCAACUGCUCCUACAAGGAGGUCCACACGAAACACACGAGCCGAGACAGUCAGUCAGUCCCAGAAGUCCCCAGUGUCAAACUAUUCUGAGUGUGAUGCCCCAGGGAAUAGUAAUUCCUCUGUAAGUAUUUCCCCUCCAGCUGAACCAGAAAAGCAAACAAGACAGGCUCCAAAACGGAAGUCUGUAAGGAGAGGAAGAAAACCGCCUUUAUUGAAAAAGAAACUUAGGAGAUCUGUACCUCCCGCUGAAAAAUCAUCCAGCGAUUCAGUAGAGGAAGAAACUGUGGACUCUGACACUCCACCCGUGCUGGAGAAGGAGCAACAAUCAUGUGUAGAAAGCAGCAGCAUUUGCUCGGUUCAGACAGAUGAAGAGAAUCAUCUGCAUCUGGAAAGUUGCAGUGAACAAACAGAAGAAAAUGAACAAGCCAACAAUCAUGAGAUGGAGGAGCAAACAGAAAGUUUAAAUUCUGAAUCUUGCACUCAGUAUCCUCCUGUGCUUGUUGGAGAAGAUACAGAGAUAGAGGCCAAGGAGUUCUGUGCAGACCAUGAUAUUUCACAAGACACUUCUCUAAGAGGAGGUGAUUCCGCAGAAAACCAAGAGCAGGUGUCUGGGAGCUCAGAGCCAGAGGUACAGGCACUUGUGUGUACGCAGAGUCCUCCUGAAGGGUCUCUUACUUGUCCACCUUCUGACAUUGAACAACAACCCAUGUCCAGUCCCGUGGGUGAAGUAUCUGAUAACACCACACCAGUGGUUAGUGAUGAAAGAAGAGAGGAGAGUCCCACUGUAGAAAGUGCUGAUUUGAACGAUGAAAGAAGAGAGGACAGUCUCACUGUAGAAAGUGCUGAUUUGAACAAUGAAAGAAGAGAGGAGAGUCUCACUGUAGAAAGUGCUGAUUUGAACAAUGAAAGAAGAGAGGACAGUCCCACUGUGGAAAGUACUGAUUUGAACGAUGAAAGAAGAGAGGACAGUCCCACUGUGGAAAGUACUGAUUUGAACGAUGAAAGAAGAGAGGACAGUCCCACUGUGGAAAGUACUGAUUUGAAAGAUUCUGCAGUAAACACAGAAGCAUCUGUAGAGAGCCCCAAAAUGGAAUCUUCUGAGGGUGAAACUGUACAUGACCUGAACAGACACUGUGCUCCCAGCUCAGACACUGAGCUGCCUGAGCAGAUUCAAACAGAAAAUACAGAAAUAAUUCCAGCAUGUGAGCAUAUUCAAACAGAAAAUACAAAAAUAAUCCCAGUGUGUGGCACUUCAGAAAAUGAAAAUUCUGAUGCUGUUCAAGAUUGUGAAGAUAACUUAUUAAAACAUGAUCUUGACAACCCCCAGUCAGAUGCAUUCUUAGAAGAAAGGACAGAAUCUCUGGUUGAACAUCCCAUCCAUGCAGAGUUACCUCACAGAGAGGUUGAACAGAGUGAGAAACAUUUCAGUGAAGAUAAUAAUGAAACAGUCCCUAUGGAGUGUGAUUCCUUCUGUAGUGACCAGAAUGAGUCUGAAGUAGAGUCCUCGGCAAAUCCUGACUCUAAACAAUUGAGUGAAAAUUCUGUGCCACACGGUUCUGACGACAAGCUGUCUUCUGAUCCUGCAGUUGAGAAGGUUGAAACUGUAGCACAACCAGCUGAAAGCUUAGUGGAUAAAGCCCCAAAGCCUCGUACUCGAAGAUCUAGGUUCCAUUCUCCAUCUACAACUUGGUCUCCUAAUAAAGAUGCUGUACAAGAAAAGAGGCGUGCUCAGUCUCCGUCUCCAAAAAGAGAGACUGCAGUAGAAAGUCAGAGUACUCAGUCACCAUCACCCAAAAGAGAGUCUGCCAGAGGACGGAGAAAAUCUCGUUCUCUCUCACCGAAAAAAGAUGUAGCAAGAGAAAGGAGGCAGUCUCGCUCUCCAAAGAGAGAGAAUGCUAGGGAAGCUAAAAGAUCUGAGUCAGGGUCCCCAAGAAGAGAUACUUCUAGAGAGAACCAGAGGUCUCAGUCCCGAGUGAAAGAUUCUUCCUCAAGAGAAAAGUCGAGGUCCCGGAGCAGAGAAAGAGAAAGUGAUAGAGAAGCUCAGAGGAGAGAGCGAGACAGAGAGAGGAGAGCUAGAAGAUGGUCCCGGUCCAGAUCCCGCUCUCGAUCGCCAUCAAGAUUAAGAACAAAAAGUAAGAGUUCAUCGUUUGGUAGAAAUGAGAGAGAUAAUUACUCUCCUCGGUGGAAGGAAAGAUGGACAAAUGAUGGCUGGAGGUGUCCUAGAGGAAGUGACCGGUACCGGAGGAAUGAUUCAGAGAAACAAAAUGAAAAUACAAGAAAUGAAAAAAAUGACAUGACUGCAGAUACUAAUGAUCCAGGUUCCACAGAUAAGCAUAGAAAUGACUGUCCCAGUUGGGUAACAGAAAAAAUAAACUCUGGGCCAGAUCCAAGGACCAGAAAUCCAGAAAAGUUAAAAGAUUCCCACUGGGAAGAAAACAGAAAUGAAAAUUCAGGGAAUUCUUGGACUAAAAACUUUGGCCCCGGCUGGAUGUCCAGCCGUGGUCGAGGCGGCCGUGGGAAAGGUGCUUACAGAGGUAAUUUUACCUGUAGUGACCAGAGCGAGAACAGGUGGCAAAGCCGCACACCCCUCUCAGGGAGCGACUCUUUCAAGUCUGCGGAGCAGCAGCCCUCUAAGCGGAAAAAUGAGCAGGAGCUGUCCUUUGGCACAGCAGCAGACAGGUCAGGGUGGACGUCUGCAUCUAGCUGGGCAGUAAGAAAGACCCUGCCCGCAGACGUGCAGAGCUAUUACUCCCGGCGCGGCAGGAACUCUUCAGGCCCACAGUCGGGGUGGAUGAGACAGGAGGAGGAGACACCUGAGCAGGAUUCUAACUUAAAAGACCAAACAAACCAAGUUGACGGUUCUCAGUUGCCUGUGAAUAUGAUGCAGCCACACAUGAGUGUGAUGCAGCCUCCAGUGAAUGCCCAGCACCCGCCUAUGGGGAUCUUCCCAUACCCAGUGGGUGUUCCCGCCCCGAUGAUGAAUAUGCAGCGGAACCCAUUCACCAUGCACCCUCCGAUGCCCCUGCAUCUCCACACAGGAGUACCUCUCAUGCAGGUAGCUGCCCCUGCAAGUAUACCUCAGGGACUGCCACCACCACCCCCUCCACCACCAUCCCAGCAGGUCAGCUACAUCGCCUCACAACCAGAUGGGAAACAAGUGCAGGGCCUUCCAAGUGCUUCUCAUGUAAGUAAUAACAUGACUACACAAGUGCUGCCUGCUCCAUCAGCAGCCCCAGCAAACACGGGAUCAGUUCAGGGACCAAGUUCUGGUAAUACUUCGUCAUCAAGUCACGUCCAAGCCUCUAACGCUGCUGUAAAAUUGGCAGAAAGCAAAGUAAGUGUUACAGUGGAAGCCAGCGCAGAUAGCUCGAGGACAGACAAGAAAUUGCAAAUUCAAGAGAAAGCAGCACAGGAGGUGAAACUGGCUAUUAAGCCGUUUUAUCAGAAUAAAGACAUCACUAAGGAAGAGUACAAAGAGAUCGUGCGGAAGGCAGUGGACAAAGUUUGUCAUAGUAAGAGUGGAGAAGUAAACUCUACCAAAGUGGCCAAUCUGGUUAAAGCGUACGUAGACAAGUACAAAUACUCACGGAAGGGAAGCCAGAAGAAAGCUCUGGAAGAACCCGUGUCUACAGAUAAAAACCUAGGCUGACGGGAGGAGCCCUGCCCAGGACACUGUGGAGAUGUCUGUAGCGUGCACUUCAGCGUGCUCCCUGACUGAAUCACACCCAACUGUGAUGGAAAUCUGGUUUUGAUAAAAUUAUUUUUUUUAUUGUAGGAUAUGUUUUGUUCAAAAUAUAGCUGUGCACUGCAACUUCUACAUCUAACCCUAAACUCCAAUAAAACAAAUUCAAGGGAAAACCAAGGGUGUAAUGGAAUGUGCGUUUCUGUCAGGAAUGUGCUCCUCUCGUGUGGAUACUGAAAGAUGUAUAGCUUUUAAGGAGAACAGCGGCCUGCAUAAGCCAGAAGCCUGUACGAGUGCCGGCUUUGGAAGACGUCUGUCUGGAUCUAUGUACAAUACAUUUAUUCUGUCAGGCUCAAAGAGGAUGACCUUUAGGACCUUGCCCUCUAACUAUAGAAACUUAAACAGUGUGUUGCUAUUAAAUCUAUCUGAUACUAAUAGAGCAUGCCAAGUGCAGGGCCCAAAUACGGAGUUGUGAAGCACACAUCUGAGUAAAUGGCUUAGACGGAGAGCAAGUCAUCCUGAGUAGAAAUCAGCCUCACACCUGAGGGUGCUCCUCGCCUCUUUGUCACCAGGUGAAGGUCACACUGUGUGUUGCUUUUGUUGUCUUCUCUCCCAACCUAGGAAAAAAUAAAAAAUUAGUGGUUUAAUUUGCUACAUUACAACUUUGCCAUUUCAAGGCUUUGUUGAAUUUAGAAGACUAAUUUGGGGAAAAAAACCAAAACUAUGCUCUUUCAUUAUACCUUCUAUUUAUCAGUGGUAGUAAAUUACUUGUGCCACCUGGAGACAUGCUACUUGGUGGUGAGCUUCCUGUCCGGGGGACUAGCAUAGGUUACACGACCUGCUUCUGCAGCUCCGGGUUGCUUUUCCUGUGUCAUGGUGUCAGUGAAAUUCUUCUCACACCUCAGAAGUUCCCUAAUGGGGCUGGCGAGAUGGCUCAGCAGGUAAGAGCACUGACUGCUCUUCCAAAGGUCCACAGUUCAAAUCCCGGCAACCACAUGGUGGCUCACAACCACCGGUAAUGAGAUCUGAGGCCCUCUUCUGGUGUGUCUGAAGACAGCUACAGUGUACUUAUUUAUAAUAAUAAAUAAAAAUGAAUAAAUAAAUAAAUAAGAAAGAAGUUCCCUAAUGGUUUACAGUGAAUAAAGUGUUAAUUUGUUGAUUGGUAGCUGUGCUGCACAAUUCUAGAUAUGAUAACUAUGUCUGACAGAAGAAAGGAAAAUUAAAUAAUGCUAUUUUUGCAUAGAUAUCAGGGACUAGAGUUUUUUGUUGUUGUUGUUUUUAAAGCACCAAGAUGUUAAUAUGUUGAUGUUUAUGAAAAGUGGGUUGACAGUGAUUAUGACACUUACUUUCAUUGACAUCUAGAAAGGAAACUGAUAAACUUGGAUUCCAGUGACAGUGUUCAGUAGGUAUCAAAUAGCUGAGAAGAUGUGCCAAUAAUAUGGGGAUAGAUCAGGAUAAACACUCAGUGAGGCCUACCCAUUCACUGACAAGGACAGUGGUCUCUGUGAGACUGUACUUUCUAGAGUACAGGCAACCUGGUUCUCAGUUCUGCAUAAUGCAUUCCAGCUAGCUUUGAAAGGAAGGCUAAUUUUGUGAUUUUAACCCAUAGUGAUUGCACUAGGUAAAUAAGGUUUGUUAGGUUGUGCUUAUAGUCCUAAAACAUUUCCAAAAAGUUUGUGAUCUUCUUUUCUACAUUUCUGUCAUUUAUGAUGCAAUAUUUUACAUUUUUAAUUAAAGUCUGUGUUCAGCUUAUGAUGGCAGAUGUUUGGAAGACAGUUGCAAACACCAGCGGCUCACCUUGUUCCUUUCAGUUCAGGAUCCCUUGAACAGUGGUGCCCACUUCUGGUCCUGCUUUGACAUUUGUGUGUCAGAUGCUGUCUGUCCUCGUUCUUCUGCAGCAAUGCUCUGCCUGCAUUGUUCUACUGACACCUGGGAGUAAAUGGCAGUUUAAGUUGUGUUUUAUACUGUUUAGCUCUUGCAAAGCAAGUUUUAAAGUUUAGGGGAAAAGUAGGCGCUGUGUGAACUCUUAAGGUCCCAUGCUUUGGUAGAACUCCACUCUUUUUGAAGUUCUGUGUUCUGUAUCUGGUAGGGCACUGGGUCGAGUGCUUCAGAAUAGCUCAUUUCUAAUAUAUUCUAGUAUUAGAAUAUACUCUGGAUUAGAAAUACAUUAGAAAUGUAUUCUUACUGGGUUAGAAAACGCAUACUUUGCAUUAAAAAAUACCAUUGCUUUUACAUUCUUGGUUUCUCAUUUUUUUCUUAGAAAUCCACAUUCGUUUUGCACGUAUAUGAGUUAACACAGUUUGGGAGUUGCAGGUCCCUCUUGAUCGUGACUCAGUAUUGACUUGACCUUUGGCGCCAUGGGCCCUUUAACUUGGCAGUCACAUUGACCUAUGUUUCAGGUUGUAGAAAUGCCCAGUAGGACUUACUCAUUAUUUUAACAUUCCAAAGGCUGUGCAGUUGUUUGUUGCUGUUUUGGUGAUGACCACUACAUCUUCGCCAUUACCUGCCUUCAAAUGGCCAUGGUGUGUUUGCUGACCGUCCCUGCCCACCCCCCACACCCAGACAUGUGGCCUCAAGCGUGGUGGCUGCCCUGAGUUUGAGACAUGGUAGUAUAAGUUGCAGUGCUGUCUGCUGAAACAACACUCUAAAAACAGAUUGUGGUCUGUAAUAUAUCCUAAUAAAUUUUUUUGCUAAACAAAGUAGUGUCUUUAAAAUUUUAUUAAGUUUUCUGGGGAAUGCUGACUUUUAUAUCAGUUUACACCAUUUCCAAUGUGUUUAAUUAUUUCUUGGAUUUUUACCAAAGUAAUGAGCAUCAUGACUACAUUAAUAUCUAGGCAAUAAAAAAGGUCAGAGUUAGCUAUAAACAUAUAUUUUAAUAGUAGUUUUCCUAAUUAUAUAAUCACUGUAGCAAAUUUAAAACAUUGAGUAAUUUCUAAAGAUGGAAGAGACUGGGAAGCAAAAGAAAAAAUUAUCUGUAAUUCUACCAAAGUUAACUUCUUGCAAGCUUGGCUUCAAUGCACAUUAUAUGUUAUGACCUAUUCUUUUCAACUAAUGUAUUGAGAAUAUUCCAUUUUAAUAAAAAUUAAUUUGACAGCAUGA